UCCACCUGAAAUCAAUGCAAACUGUAGAUUAACAUACUUUCUCUACUUGAAUACACUGACGUCGCAUUGAACCGUUGAAAGUUUUAUAAAUAAAAUAGCGAACAUUUAAAUUCCGGCAUGGUUUCGGAACUUGUCAAACCAGUAACAGUUCAGUGAGCACGAAGUAGAUGUUUACAAAACAACGGCGGGCAUUGAACAUGGUGCAGACAUAACUUUUACCCACCUUGUGAAACUCGGACAAUGCUGGACAUAACACGGCUUCUGAUUCCUGUAUUGUUGACAUGCGUCGUCAUUGCUUCAGACCUGUGUCCUGACGGCCAGCCCCACGUAAACUGUCUAGUGGCACCCUGUGGUGUCUCCUCUUGUCCAAAGCAUCCAACGGCCACUUGUCGGGAUGAUUAUUGUGGAGGGUGUAACGCGGAAUGGACGGUUAACGAUACGAUAGUGACCAGCAGUUGUCAUAUAGAGUCGGCUGGAAUCCGAUUGGCACACGGAAACAACAUCAGUCAUGGGGUAGUGGAAAUAUGGCAAAACAGCCAAUGGCAAACCCUGUGUGCAUGGCCGCAGUUCAAUCCUAGAGAUGCUCUUGUGAUCUGCAAACAAUUAGGGUUUAGCCAAGGUACAGUUCUGCCCAUGGCGGCGUAUGGACGAUAUGCAGGAAAUUACACGUAUCCAUUCAAGGGGUGUCCUGACGGAGAGGACAAAAUACAAGACUGUAAAUUUGACAAAAUGUAUACACCAAAUGUGUGUGCUACACAAGAUGUCCAUUAUGGUUCUGUCAGUUGCUUUGAUAACCAACAAGACGAUGACUUGAAACUUUCGAUAUCAAACGAAGUUAGCGAUGUCUCACAACCAAGCAGUGGGAAAGUUGAAAUAUUUCAGCAGCAAGUAUUCGGCCAGAUAUGUUCUACCUACUUUACUGAAGAAGAAGCCAAUGUCACGUGCAAACAGAUGGGAUUUUCUGGUGGAGUCGCCAUGAUCCACGAAGCAGCGGAUAGUCUCCCUUUCUUGUUGACGGGCAUUUAUUGCAAUGGCACCGAAAACAAGCUUUCCGCAUGUUACAAAGAGCUACAGAUUUGUUAUAGCAAUCGGAGAGCAGGUGUUUUAUGUUACAAUUCAUCAGGAGUUAGCAUCUCUCUCGCUGAUAGCAAGGCAGAUCAUGGCGGAAUUGUCGUUAUAUCUGUUGAUGGUACUGAGGGUACAAUUUGCAGUCAAGGCUGGUCCAACUUAGACGCCCAAGUACUAUGUCGACAGAUAGGAUAUGUUACUGGAAUUUCAUAUUCAGCCAAAUCUUCUAAACAAGAAGGUGAAGUCUACUUGUCCAAUGUGAAUUGUAUUGGAGUUGAAGAGUCCGUGAUUGCAUGUAUUGGAUCGGGAUGGAAGAACGUGAAUCGAUCCAUCUGCGAUCAUGGAAACGAUGCGGGCGUAUAUUGCUAUAAGAGUGUGCGAGUGUCUGCUGGAUACCAAAGGGAGAAUGUAACACUUGGUAUUGUUCAAGUUUACCAGAAAUACUUCUGGACUACUCUAUGUGCUGAUAGGUUCGAUCAGGCGGAUGCUGAUGUCGUAUGCAAACAGUUGGGGUAUUCGGCUGCAAGAGUCCUUCUUCCCGGUCAAUUUGGAAGAUCACUGAAUUAUCUUCACACAGUAUCCAUUAAUUGCACCGGAAAUGAAACCGACAUCUUGGACUGUGAGCAUGAUAUUGGCUUUUGUUCUUCGUAUAACUACGCAUCUGUACUUUGUUCCCACCAAAACACCGAUACAGACCUCGGCGUUUACAUUGAGCACUCGGACAAUGGUAGAGUGAUGGUGAGACAGUUUGGUGUUAAAGGGACGGUAUGUCGUCGUGGCUGGGACAAUGUGGCUGCGAUGGUUCUCUGUCAAGAACAAGGAUUUAAGGGUGGAGUUAUGUUCAGCUCCUCUGAUGAACUUGCACGAUAUCAGCCUAUAUGGGUGGGAAGUAUUAAGUGUUCAGGCCAAGAGAAACAUAUAAUGGACUGUGCCUUUAAUUAUUCAGUGCCCAGGGAGUGUGGAUAUGAUAGGUCAUCCGCUGGUGUCCUUUGCUACAAUACUACAGGUGUAAAAGUUCGUCUGGGAGGAGGCAUACGCUCGAACCAAGGCAGAGUAGAAAUAUCACGUGACUCGGUCUGGGGAACAGUAUGCCACAAUAGAUGGUCGACCAGUGACGCUGAUGUAGUCUGCCGACAGCUCCAUUACGCCAGUGGAACGUCAUAUCGUGGCUCGUACCAUGGUCCAGGAACAGGUCCAGUGCUGAUGGACAAAGUUAGCUGCAGCGGAUCUGAAAACUCGAUAUUUGAAUGCCCUAAUCUGGGAUGGAACCAGUCAGCUGACGCCUGUAAAGAUCACUCCCAGGAUGCCGGAGUCUAUUGUAUGCCAUGGGUGAAACUGUCACAACAUAACUAUGGGACAGUCUUGGUUUGGAAGAAAAAUAAUUAUGGACCAGUUUGUGCUGAAGGGUUUGAUGAAAACGCUGCACGUGUAGUAUGCAAAGAAUUAGGAUAUGCCUAUUCCAUCAAGUUCUGCUGCUCAGGAUUGGGACCAAGGCCAAAAGAUCUGGAUCUCGCUAUGUCCGAUGUUCAAUGUGGUGGGACAGAAAUUGGUUUGAGGCAGUGCAAAAAUGAAUACCUGGAUCCUAGCUGUAAUUCCGAAGAUUACGCCUCCGUGUUUUGUUCUUCGACAGAUCCAGUACAGAGUACAGUUAGAAUUAUUUUGGACCAAUCACGCAUCGUUAAAAUAACGUUUAUAAAUCGCAAUGGCUUCCUAAGUGCUGCAGAUUUUACAGACAGUGACGCCACAGUUAUUUGUCGAGAAAACGGUUUUCAGUCUGGCCUAGCUCUGCGACACCUUCGACCAAAAAGUGGAGAAAAUUUCUUUUGGCUUAGGAAUACGUCGUGUACUGGUACAGAAAGCAAAUUCAACGACUGUCCAAAUGCGAGAAGAAUCGGGGAACUGGGACAUUUUGAUGACAGUAUCGCAGCUGCUGUUUCAUGUUUUAAUACGAAAGAACCACAAAUAACUCGACUGAAGCUGUCCUACGGAAGUAAACUCAAUGAAGGACAUGUUGAAAUAAACUUAAAUGGAACUUGGGGGUCCAUAUGUGCUGGUAACUUAACUGACGCGGAUGCCAAGGUGAUAUGCAGACUCAGUGGUCACCGAGAUGGUGUAAGCAUGCCAGCUGGUUCCUUUGGCCAAAAUUCCCCGUUGGGUUACUCUUUUGUGGAUUUCUUGAAAUGCGCUGGUGACGAGAAGAGACUUAUCGACUGUGUUGUAUCAUUGUCGUCUAGUCAAUCAUUCUGUUCUCGGAGCAUGAUGUCAGCUGUCAGAUGCUAUGAAACUGUCCGUCUUACUGGCAGUGAUCGAGUGGAUUAUGGUCGUCUGGAACUCUGGAAUAAGGACGGUUGGUAUUCCGUAUGCGAUGAAAAUUUUGACGACCAAGACGCGACUGUUGUCUGCAGGUCUUUAGGAUUUACAUUGGGAAAAGCUCAGUGUUGUUCCGCUUUAGGAAGCAAUGGCACUGUCAAUCCAAUACUAUUUAGCAACUUCAAUUGUAAUGGAAACGAGUCCAGUCCACAGCUGUGUACACACGAGACAGCUGGACAGUGUAGGACGGGGAAAUAUGCAUCCGUGCUUUGUUUGGCGACGCCUGCUGAAGAAGAUUUGACGAUUCACCUGGAGAGUUUUUAUGGACCCGUCAUAAUUUCUAGAUAUGGUCUUCCUGGGUACGUCUGCAGUAAACAUUUUGAUAACUUUGAUGCCACUAUGGUCUGUAAGACACGGGGAUUCCUGAGAGGAUAUGCAGUGAAUGUUUACAACGAUGACACGCUUCCGAUUGUUCUGGGAAAUUUAACGUGUAAUGGAGCCAACGAGAUUGAAAGAUGCACCUUUUCUAAGUUCAGUGGGGAUCACGGAUGCUCCAAUAGUGACACCGUUGCUGGGGUGAUUUGCUCAAAUUCAGAGAGUAUAUCGUUUAAGUUGCAAAGUUACAGUAGAACAAAAGGCACCCCAAUACUCCAGGUUGAUAGCAAUAUCCUGUAUUUAGACGACACAUAUUUCGACGAAGCCGCAGUCAAUCUAUUUUGUCUGAAUGCGGGAUUUGCUGGCGGAUCAAAAUUAUCUCAGUCCGUUAGCAUACCAUCAAUAAAGCACAUUGUCACAGACAUAAGGUGCUCUGCUGAUGCUCCCUUAAUUACUCACUGUAAAGGAAACUGGGACCCGAAGAAGUCGAAGUCCGUACCAAUAUUUGAAAUUUCCUGUUUUCAUCAAGUACGUUUGCAAAAUGGAGGUGCUUCCUAUGGUGCUGUUGAAGUAUAUAACAACAAUUUAUGGGGAACAUUAUGUCCAGAAUCUUUUGGACAAUCUGAUUCCGAUGUGGUUUGUUCCACACUUGGGUAUAGCAAAAGUUUGCCAAUAUGCUGCUCUCCCUUUGGAGCAUUACCAAGUAAACAAUUAUUUAAAGAUAUUCAGUGCAGUGGUUCAGAGAAAAAUAUUAUGAAAUGUCCCCAUACAUUUCAAUCUUAUGGAGUUCAGUGUCGGAAACCCCUGGAAUACGCCUCUGUUCUAUGUUAUAAUGGAGAACUCGCACAAGAUUACAAUGUCAAGAUAAAUGGCGGGAAAUAUUUCGGUGACGUCAUAGUUGAUUAUAUGGGUGUGAAAGGUCGAAUUUGUCAAGAUGACUGGGAUGAUGAUGACGCGCAGGUGGUGUGUCGUCAAAAUAACUACAUCCGGGGACUCGCCUAUUCCCAUUACGUGGAGGAGGGAAAACAAGGGAGUGGACCAUAUUGGAUCUCGAACGUUCAGUGUGACGGUCACGAGAGCUCCAUUCAGAAGUGUCCGCAGACAACUAUAGGAAAUGUGGCUGAGUGUAAAUCUCUACACUAUGCUGGAGUUUUCUGCUUCAAUGAUCAAGGUAUAUAUUAUCGCAUAUCCGGCGGGGACCCAUCGGGCAGAUCCGGUAGGGCAGAAAUCUUUUUCGAUGACAAAUGGGGCACACUGUGUAGCACAAACUGGGGCACAGAAGAAGCAGCUGCCCUCUGUAGACAAAUGGGCUUCCAUGGUGGCGAUCCCAUUGAUGGCCCUUAUAAAGUACCCGGUAGGGGUAUUGUUUAUAAGACGUCUUAUCAGUGUAUCGAGACGAGUCAGACUCUCAAUGAUUGUCCGCACAGUGGAUGGCAGGAAGUCGUCGAUGGAGAAUGCACACAACACCGAAACGAUGCUGGGGUGUUUUGUUAUCAGAAUGUACGAAUAUACAACAGCAUUGGUAGAAGUAAAUCGUCUGGUCCAGUGUUAUUGUUUCGAGACAAUGGAUGGCAUCUGCUUUGUGAUGAUGGCUUUACAGACCAUGCAGCUACUGUAGUGUGCCAGGAGCUAGGAUUUCCCUACGGUUAUGCUUCGUGUUGUUCUGCUGACGGACCACUGGGGUUUCCAAUCUGGAUGAACCACACUCUAGAUUGUUCAUCUGGAACACAUGUCGAAGAUUGUCUCCAAGAAAAGAUAUGUGCCAAAAAGAGUUAUGCUUCCGUAUCAUGCACAUAUCAACCAAAGCCAAAUGUUGACACAUCACCAAAACCAGACGCCCCGUUACCUGUAAAAGCAGAAAGCGAUAGAACAGUUGUGGCAGUGGUGUCAACCAUUGCUGCUUGUUUAUUGAUUGUAAUAAUAAUCAUAAUAUUUAUGAAGUGUCGGAAAUCUAAUAGUAAGGCAACAGACGGUGAUGCACAUGGCAUGUUCAGGGAAGACGUUCUCAAUAAGGCGCGUGACGGCUCUAUACAUGCACAUAAUCCACUCCAUAAUUUGUAUGAUAAUGCAGACGUCACCAUACAAAAUGACAGCGUCCAGUACCAUCCUAACAAUGACGAGACGAAUUCAGCAUUAGCUUUCUCUAACAUCAACUACGAUUCAAUGCAUUUUUCAUUAGAUCAUGGAGAGAGUGACAAUGAGAUAAGCGAUGAUCAUGCCAUUGAACAUAAAGACACGAAGCCUCUUGGAGUCAAACCAAAUUUUGAGGAUUCUUCCUAUGCUUCAAUGAGUCCAAAUUAUUCGGCAUCUGGUAUAAAUGUUUAUGAUAGUUUACGGAACAAGACGUACCAUAGCUGUGUUACUGUGGAAACGACGGGUCAUCCCAAGGACCAGCUCACUCGGUCCUUGUCAGAAUGUAGGGAAAUUUCUCCGCCAGAGUAAAUAGUGAUCUACUUUUGUGUCCAUAAGCACCUGUGAUGAGGAUGAUGUGCUUUUGGGGGAUUGAGUCUGUGUUUGUCUCUAGGGGCAUUCGAACUACUGAUUAUACAUUCAAUGUAGCAUUUACUUCUUGGAUAUUUUUGAAAUGUUAGUUUUACAUUGCUAAACUUGAAUAUGACAUCAUUUUGCAAGCUUAGCCCCGACUAGGUGUGCAACUAAAUUUUAACACCCAUCCACCCCACUCACCUUCAAAAUACCCCGCUUUAUUUGACAAAAUCGUGAUGUCAUCGCUAGAUCUUGAUCACCAGGGCGUACUAUUUCCCUGUUGCACCUCACGCUCUAGAACGUCUACGCAAUUUUUUUUUUACAUUUUGUGUCACCGCCAAUUUGACGAAAUUACUAUACAUGAAAUGAGAAGUCUGACUGAUUUUGUAGAUGGCUUCAGAAAUAGUUCAAUACCUUUCAGAGUUUUAAGUUUUUAAAACGUGGUUAAAAUUGCAAACGAAUUCCAUAUUACAAAUGAGUGGAUUGUAAAUCACAAAGAGUUCUAAUUCCCUAGAUCCUACACCAUACAUCCAUUACCUCAUCACAGAACGUAUUAUCCGGAUCAGGGUGCAUCAGUCUUCCCAGAUGGAUUAGAAAUAAUAGUGUAGGAGCUUUAAACCAUCAAUGCAUAGAGUAUGUAAUUCAAUUCCAUUUGUUAUACAGGGUAUAUUUUAUAGCUUUAAAGACACUUGGUACGAACAAAUUGAUGCAUGGGUUGAUACAUACUUUUGUCUUGAUUUGGUUGUAAUAAUUACCAUUAUGAAAUAUCUUAAAGAUAAGGGACUUGCAAUUUUCCUAUGAUGUUCAAAUGGUGAAGUACAUUUAUUUACCACUCCCUAUGUAAAACCUAACUUUCCCCACUGUUUUUGACUUUAUUGAAAAAUCAAGACAAAUUGUAUUCAUUUUACUAAUAAAAGCAUGAAUUUAGUUUUCAUUUUUGAACGAAUUUUGUUUGUAGCAAGUGUUGUCAAUGUUUCCAUUUAGCUUUGCUGGUCGAAGCAAAAAUAGGAUGAUAAUGUGACUGUUAGAACAUGUCAGAACACUUCCUUUACAGAUUUUGUUUUUAUUUUUACAAACUUGGACCGCUAUAAUUGUUAAAAAUAAAACUGUUCAUUAAAAUAACUCUUAAUGAUGCUACUUCUCUCACAUUUGUCCUAUUUUACUGAAAAAUAGUACAAAUCAAAAUUACACAAAGGCGCGUGAUUUUGUGCAAUAAUCCUACUUUGUCUAAUAAUGUGAGCGAUGUUUCUUAAAUGGAGAAACACUUUGUGCAUUGCACAAAUUCAACAAGCAAUUUAUCUUCACCGUUACUAAAAUAAAUUGCAAAAAUAUUUUAAAAUUUUGCUCUUUGUACCGUGUACGCAUUUUGUCUAAUAUCAUACAAUAGUUUAGAACUUAAAACAAUGUGGGAGUUAUUAGAUUGAUCACUGUUCGUUAUUUUUCGCCUUUUGCACUGAAGUAUUUUUACAAAUGCGACUUUUCCAUUUUAUAUGUAUGAAUUUACAUGUAUAUAUAUUAGCAUGUUUUUUCCCAUUUGAUUUUGCGUCUAGACAGUUAUUUCUGCUUUCACUGAGAGAGAGAGAGAUGAUCCCUCAUUGUUUUAUAUCAAAAAACUACUUCAUUAUCCACUACCUCUGUGAAAAUGAAAGGGUAUUCUUCAAUAUUACAUUUGUUGUUUUAAACUAUAUGGUUGUUUUUAUUACACUGUAAUUAUGAAAUUCGAUUCUUUAAAGUACUGCUUGCAUAUCAAAUAAAGCAAACCAAGCUACA